AUGGCGCCGAACAGAGAGUGUUUCCACGGCUCGCGGGAGAUGACGCCAACAGCACUGUCCACCUUGCAGUUCAGCCCCACUGAGCUGACUGCUGUUAUUUCUCAAGCCAUUUCAGGUGCCUUAAACUCAACGGGAAUUAUCAAUGCUUGCCCUGCUCUCUCUACAAGUGAACCAGGAACAAGUGCUCAAGAGCGAACAUUAGUUGAAGACGUCACAUCCAAAAAACUUGCAGCCCUGGCAAACACCAUGGCUGCUGGUAGGCUCAUCUUUUUCUUUGAUAAGCCUCAUGAAACGUUUUCCAUAUGGGCUAAUGAGGACAUUGUGAGAUAAGUUUGUAAGGCGAUUCACUGUUCUCUUGGACCCGAGUAACUCAGAACACCAUCAAAUAACAAAAGGUGGCUCGAAACUGUGUUGAUGUGGUUGAUGGUAAGCACAUUGUCAUUCAAGCUCCACCAAAGUGUGGUUCAACAUUCUACAACUACAAAAACACUAACUCUAUUGGAAAGAAUAUAAAUGCCUCUACACAGAUGUGGGCACCAAUGGAAGAGUAUCUGAUGGAGGAGCCUGGAACAAGUGUGGGUUAGCUCAGACAAUCAAGGAUGGAUCAGUGGCCCUUCCAGCACACAAAUGCCUUCCAUUUGGUUUCAAAAAGGUGCCACAUGUAAUUGUUGCUGACGAUGCAUUUGCCCUGAAGACUUACAUCAUGAAGCCCUACCCUCAAAAAGGUUUGAUUGAAGACAAGAGGAUUUAUUACUGCCUCAGUUGUGCAAAGAAGAAUUGUAGAGUCUACAUCACCAAGAAACUAAAGCAGUGUAAUCCCUCUCUUGAUGUUGUGUUGUACAGAGCUACACCUCACACAUCUAAAGGUGUACGCCCUUGCCAGAUGAUGCUGGAAAGAGAAAUCCGCCCUUCCUACCUUCAUUGGAAUCCAACUUGA